UAUCUCUCUCAUUCACUCGCAAUUUUCUUUAAUUUUCCAUUCAAAAAAUAACCCCAAGCUUUUUUUAAAAGCUAUGGAGUCUUUUAACACCAUUCUUUUCUUUCUUAUUUGUUCUACAAUGUUGUGUUGGGUUACUGGUGAAGUUCAGAGGCAUCAAUUUGUUAUUCAAGCAACACCAGUGAAGAGGCUGUGCAACACUCAUAUGGCUAUCACUGUGAAUGGUAUGCUUCCUGGUCCUACUUUGGAGGUCAAAAAUGGUGAUACCCUUGAAAUUGAAGUUGUCAACAAGGCCAAAUAUAAUGCCACCAUUCACUGGCAUGGUGUUCGGCAAAUGAGGACCGGAUGGGCAGAUGGACCGGAAUUCGUGACGCAGUGUCCGAUUAGACCGGGAGGAAGUUACACUUAUAGGUUUACAAUUGAAGGACAAGAAGGAACAUUAUGGUGGCAUGCUCAUAGUUCAUGGCUUAGAGCUACUGUUUAUGGAGCUCUCAUUAUUCGUCCGAGGGAAGGCGAAUCGUACCCUUUCCCUAAGCCGAAGCGCGAAACGGCAAUCGUACUCGGUGAAUGGUGGGAUGCAAACCCCAUUGAUGUUGUGAGGCAAGCAACAAUGACAGGGGCAGCUCCUAAUAACUCUGAUGCGUAUACAAUCAAUGGUCAACCUGGUGAUCUCUACAAAUGCUCUUCCAAAGAUACUACGAUUGUUCCCAUCGACGUCGGUGAGACCAACCUCCUUAGAGUCAUCAAUGCUGCGCUCAACCAACCGCUUUUCUUCACCGUGGCCAACCAUAAGUUGACGGUCGUUGGUGCGGAUGCUUCCUACCUCAAGCCCUUCGCAACAUCGGUCAUCAUGUUAGGCCCUGGCCAAACGACUGAUGUUCUAAUCCAAGGCAACCAACUACCGGCUCGAUACUACAUGGCGGCUCGUGCCUAUCAAAGCGCCCAAAAUGCACCUUUCGACAAUACUACCACCACUGCCAUCCUCGAAUACAAAUCCGCACCCUGCCCUGCCAAGAAAGGCAUCAAUGGACCCAAACCAAUCAUGCCAUCCCUACCUGCCUACAAUGAUACUAACACUGUCACGGCUUUCAGCCAAAGCUUUAGAAGUCCCCGAAAAGUUGAAGUCCCAACCGAAAUCGACGAAAGUCUCUUCUUCACAGUCGGUCUAGGACUCAACAACUGCCCACCGAAUUUCCCUUCGAGUCGAUGCCAAGGACCGAACGGUACACGUUUCACUGCUAGCAUGAAUAAUGUAUCCUUCGUAUUGCCACAAAGCAUCUCUUUAUUACAAGCUCACCAACACGGGAUUCCCGGAGUGUUCACCACCGAUUUCCCCGGAACCCCACCAUUGAAAUUCGAUUACACCGGCAACGUAAGCCGAUCACUUUACCAACCGGUACCCGGAACCAAACUUUACAAACUCAAGUACGGUUCAAAAGUGCAAAUCGUGAUACAAGACACAAGCAUUGUCACACCCGAAAACCACCCAAUCCACCUUCAUGGUUACGAUUUCUACAUCGUUGCCGAAGGUUUCGGAAACUUCGAUCCUAAAACUGAUACAUCGAAAUUCAACCUCGUCGAUCCACCACAACGAAACACAGUUGGAGUACCUGUUAAUGGAUGGGCAGCGAUUAGAUUUGUUGCUGAUAAUCCAGGUGUAUGGAUAAUGCAUUGUCAUUUGGAUGUUCAUAUCACAUGGGGUUUAGCCAUGGCAUUUGUGGUCGAAAACGGGCUCGGAGAAUUACAGUCUUUGCAAGCACCGCCACCGGAUUUGCCUAUAUGUUAAAGAUUCAAUCACCACCAACACACAACAAUAAACCAAAAUUCAUGAAAGCAAAAUAAGAAGGGUUGAAUACAUAAUUAACCUUUUGUUAUAUCAUUAUUAUUAUUUUUUUCCUUGUCAUUUUCUUAGCAUAAAAAAUUCAGGGGAGGUUUAGUUCAUUGCUCACUUUCUGUAUUUUCCUUUUGAUAGAUAUAAAGUGGACCAGCCGCCAUAUUCGUUUGAUUCUUAGUUGUAUUCUUUUCUUUAAAGAUAAUAUUAAUGAUAAAAUUUAAGGGUCUUUUUGUUAA